CUCCAUGCUGUGAGUGAAUUUCAGACAUGUCAUUUCCAAGACUGAAUCUAACGAGGGUGGCAGUUGCUGCAGCCUAUGAAGAUUGUCACAUGAUCCAUUUCCUCUCUCAGGAACUGUAACACGUUCAGAUCUCAUUUCCUCAGCAGCCACAAUAUCAACACCUUCAUCUGCAACUGCCACUCAUAUGCCUGUACCUGCCUGUUGUCUCGUCUGCCUCCGUGUUCAUAGGGGACCUCUCACAGCUGAUGAGAAGCCAUUCCCGUCCAGUCAUGGCGGAGAAUAACACCUUCAAACUAGACAACGCCACCCGGGACAUGUUGUUGAAUGUAAACGCCAGCAUAGUCACCUCCGUCAUCUACAUGUUCGUCACUGUCAUCAACCUGGUAGGAAAUGGCCUUUCCAUGUGGCUCCUCAUCUUCCGUACCUCCCCCAAGACCCCCUCCAUCAUCUUCAUGAUUAAUCUCACCCUCACCGACUUGGCCGUUGGCGCUGCCCUGCCCUUUCAGAUCGUCUACCAGCUCCAAGGAUACGACUGGAAUCUGGGAGCAAAGAUGUGCAGCGUCCUGUCCCUUGUCUUCUACACCAACAUGUACUGUUCCGUCCUGACCAUGAUGGCUAUUGGAAUUGACCGCUACCUGGGCGUCGUCAGGCCCAUGCAGAUCAGACUGACCAGGUUUAGAAAGCCCAUCGCUGUCUUCUGCUGCCUCCUCAUGUGGGGUUUGGUCCUGACUGUUCUGUCCCCGCUGAUGACCACAGACCUGACCUUUUACAUUCCUGAACUCAGGAUUACCACAUGCUUUGACAUGCUGAAGAGAGACAUGCUUCCGAACAAGGCUGCUUGGGCGGGCUUCGUCUUAAGCAUGGUGUUCGUCCUCUUCCUCUUCCCUUUCUGUGUCACAACAUUCUGCUAUGUCAGAGUCAUACGCAAACUGGCCAGAGAUUCCAGGACAGCCCAGAAAAAGAGAGCGAUACGUCUUGCCGUCAUUGUCCUCCUGGUCUUUACCUUGUGCUUUGCUCCCAGCAACAUCCUCCUGUUAGUUCACGCUGUGCUGAAACUCUUCUAUAAGAAGUCUUUAUACAUGGUCUACAAACUGUCUCUCUGUUUAAGCUGCUUGAAUAGCUGCCUCGAUCCGUUCAUUUACUACUUUGCUUGCAAGGAUUUCAGACAAAAGUUGAGACAGAUAGUUAACCUGCAGACCCUGAGUAGUGUGGACGCAACGAAGAUGGAGCAUAAAGAUAGUCUGUACACAGGACAUUCGGAGAGAGAACCCGGCGACACCGUAGCAUAGAGAUACGUAAUGAGAGGAAGAGAAGGAAAAGUAAGUGACAAAGGAAGUGAGAGAAAGAUAGCAAGUGUGUUAAGGGUUUCCCUGAGUGUGUCAAGCUCUUAUAAUGUCAAACAAUUUCAAAAUCAUUUUUACUUCAGUUUUUUUUUGUGCACCACAGAACAAACUAACAUGGAGAGCAGCUGAGACUUUUUUGCUAACUUAAUCAUUAUUCUUGCAUCGCCCUACUCGGUAUGUGUUAUUUUAAAGUAUUAAAAAAACAUGUGUAUUGUAUAUGUAUUUUAAUAUCUGCCACAAGUAUGCAUAUAUGUAGCGAGAACAAGUGCAAAUACAAUGUGAAUAAAAUCUUUGUAUUAUAUAAGCCUUCUCUAACUGAACAUUUGAGCAUAAAGAGAGUUUGUACUCGUCACAUUGCGCUUUGAAAGGUUCAGAGAGAGAGGGCACGGUACACCAUGGCCUAGAAACACGGAAUGAGAGGAAGAGAAGAAAUAGUGAGGGAAAAGGAAGUGAGAGAAAGAUAGCAGGUGUGUUAAGGGUUGCCCUGAGUGUCAAGUUCAUGCCAUGUCAAACAAUUUCAAAAUCAUUUUUACUUCCGCUGCUGGGAAUUUUUUCUUCCUUAAUCAUUAUUCUUGCUUCCCCCUACACGGUAUGUGUCAUUUUAAAGUAUGAAAAAACAUUGUAUAUGUGUUUUAAUAUCUACAUUUUAAUAUCUGCCACAAGCAUCCCAAACAGUUAUUUUCUGUUAUUUUAUGUAGCAUGCACAAGUGAAAAUACAGUGUGAAUAAAAUAUUUGUAUCAUAUAAGCCUUUUCUAACCGAACAUUUGAACAUUUAUAACAUGAUCUCUGUACAUAUCUCUGUAAAUAUCUGUAGGCUAUACUGUGUUUAACUAUGCAUUGGUCUUGUUGACCUUUUGACCUUUUUAACUUCUGUCAAGUUCCUCCUGUUGUUUUUUUGUUUUGCUUUGUUUUCUUCCUCUACAAAAAUAAAUGUACUAUUGUUAUUAUUA